GACAUCUGUUAACAGCUGUUUGUAAACGGCGCGCUUGCUGCCAACUUCCCGUCAUUCAUUUUGUUCGGUGGCUGAAUUUUUACGGUCGACGAAAUCGUUAAAAAUCUUUGUCAUCGGAGGUUAAUUAACAAAGUGACAUUAUGAGUUCUGGAAUGCCUGAAUUGGGCUCCAAGAUAAGCCUAAUAUCAAAAGCUGAUAUUCGGUACGAAGGCCGACUUUUCACCGUCGAUCCUCAGGAAUGUACCAUCGCUUUGGCUAGCGUGCGAUCGUUUGGAACGGAGGAUCGCGAGACGCAAUACCCAGUUGCGCCUCAGAGCCAGGUGUAUGACUACAUUUUAUUCCGUGGAUCUGACAUCAAGGACAUCCGAGUGCUGAACAAUGUGCCCUCCAUGCCCAAUGACCCGGCCAUCAUGCAGAUGUCUGUGCCGCCAACCCUCGGUGGCAGUGCAGCUCCCGGCCAAUAUGGGGGUCAGUUUAACCACCCAGUGGUGGGACAGACACCAUACCCUCAAUACCACCCUAUGGCGGGUUUUCCCGGAGGUGUACAUGCUCAGCUCAGCAAGACGAGUGAGUUGUCUCCGCAAACCUCGGUGGAGUUGGCACCGCAGCCCCAGCCUGUGACUGCUCCCAUCGGUUCAGGAGUGGCUCAUCACUCCAACCAAGUGAAAGACCAAGGCUCAAUGCUUGACCUCAUUGGAGGUGGAUCGCAGCAGAGUGCGUCGCGGUCUGGCACCCCGGCGGUCGGAGCGCACAGGAAGAGUCCCACUGCCGACCAGGGCACUCAGGUGGGCGCAGGAGCAGGCGCGGGCGGGUCAGGCGCGCAGCGCGACAGCCGACGUGGCAGCGGUUCGGCGCUGGCGCAAAAACCGCAGCAACGUAACCGCACCAACUCGCGCAAUCGACAGCGCUUCCCUAGCGGCGGCAACGUGGCGCACCCGCACCAACAACACCAGCAGCAACAACACCACCACCAACAACAACAACACCACCAGCAACCACACCACAACCAGCAACCGCACCAAAACCAGCACCAGCAGCAGCAGAACAUGCAACCUGGGCAACAGCACCACCAUCAUCAACCCGCCUUGUUCAUAGGGCAAGGAUACGGGCGCGGCGGGUGGAGAGGUCGGCCCCGUGGACGCGGCCGUGGUUUCGUGCCGCGCAACAAGAACACUCUCAAGUUUGACAAUGACUAUGACUUUGAACAAGCCAAUACCGAAUUUGAGGAACUGCGCAGCCAACUUGCCAAGACGAAGAUUUCCGACGGAGAGGUUAAGCCGGAGCCUACGAUCGUCCCUCCUGGCGAGGUGGACAAGAAAGAUGAUUCGGGCAACGAAACCGGCGCCGGUGAGCCAGAGAUCGAUGAUGAAUCGUCCUUCACGGGCUACGAUAAGAACAAGAGCUUCUUUGACAAUAUCUCCUGCGAGGCUGUGGAAAGGUCGAAGGGCCGCAGCCAGCGCACGGACUGGCGCACGGAGCGCAAGCUGAACUCGGAGACGUUCGGCGUUGCGUCUGCGCGCCGUGGCGCCUGGCGUGGCCGUGCCGGCUGGCGCCACCACAACCCGCACAACCCGCACAACCAGCAUAACCAGCAUAACCAGCACAACCAACACCACCACCCAUGGCGCUCAAAUCGUGGCGGUCGCGGGCGAGGGGGUGCGGGUGGCGCAGUGGGUCCGGCGGGGGCCGCGGCGGGCGCGGGGGCGGGGGGCGCGCGCGCCUCCUCCAGCGUCGCACCGCCGCCGCAGCAAGCGACACCAGCCACCGCCGCAGCUAAGUAGGCGAUGCGACUCGAAGACUUCAAAGAAUCUUAAUUUAUUAUCGCGAGGACUGAUCACAAAUGCAAAAGUAACGGAAAAGUGUAAGUCGGUAAAUGAAGUGUUUUACAGUGUAAUCGAUUUAAAUAUAUGCAGUCUGUUUUGCGGGAAGUCAUAUCGUGGCAAGGAAAUGAGUAGUUGGAACAUUAUGUGGUGUGUUAGUGUUGUAUCCAAUAAAAUGGAAGGUGUCAGAAGGAAAUUCCCGUAAGCAUGCGACGCAGAGUCGUCGCCGAAACGAAGAGAGAGACCUGUGGCUACAGACUGCACUGGGCGAUUGUAAUCAAUGGAGCUGACGUUGGCGUCGGGCGUCACGGUAGAUGAAGAAUGUCACAAGUCGACCGAAACGAUGUUAGGCUUAACCAAUGUGAUGCAGAUGUCAAUGUCUCAAGGUGAGCAGGGUUGUGUGGACCCACCUCCAGAUGUAAAUUAUCAAGGCUAUGUAAUGAGUUGUUGCAUAGUAUAAUUGUUGAGACUUUUACUCAAAGCCCAUUGAAUUAUAUUUUCGUAAAGCUUCUCACCGAAUGUGCGCAUUCGUGCCUAUAUAAAUUAACGAAAGUUAGAUUAAUGUCAACAUGUUUUUAUUGUAUCCAAAGGGUCAUUGCGCUUCCAUUUUGUAUUUACAAAGCAAUGACGAGACAUUCUCUGUGCAGCAGUCCUACUAGACGUGUUUAUGUAGCAAUAGUAAAUUAUACGAGGGCUGUCCGGCCCCGCUGUGUUCAUCCGCCGGUGGGUCGGCGCCGCAUGUGAAUGGAAUGACUUUGUUUUUAUUGACUGUCGUUUUAUUGUUGUAGUUAAUAAAAUGUAUGUGCCUGUAGGACUGCUGAAGUGGUUGUUGGCAAUGCCACGAGAGCCUCUUAGUUUGUAAUUUAAUAUUUUAUCAGACACUGCGAGUAGAUUCGAUUGGCUGCGCGGGUUUGAUUUGUUUAAACAUUGUAAUACAGAUUGAGCUCAGUUUUAUUUCAUCAAAAUUGUUACAAAGUGUCUAUGGAAAGGGGCCGUGUUUUCUGUUUGAAAGGAAAUCAUUUGUCUCGAAGUAUUGUUAGCGAUGGUCCUUUUCUAGUGUAAAUCUGGAAUAAAUAUUUGACAAAACUCGAUGUUUGUAAAAACUUGUAACUCAAAAACUGUACCUGGUGAUUGUAUUAAUAUGAAAAUAUACAUUUACUACAAAUCUUCCAAA